AUGGGGAACACUGGAGGCACUGGCUCCCAGGCAGGGACCCACGGGAGCCAGUUCAGGAAUGGGGUGUCCAGCCCCGUUGCCGUUUCCCCAGGGGCCGAGGCGUGGAGGGUUUCACCGAAUCCCCUAGGACGGCGGUGCGUGUCCGCCCCAGAGCCGGUCUGGGAGCGGCUCCGGUUUGCCCCUUGGGAGCCUGGACUGCUGCUUUCCAGCUGCACGGCCGGUUGCUUCUUGUUGAUAUCCUCCCAUGAGCUUGAUGAAAAGAACUCUGAGGAUGUCCGGUGUAAAUGCAUCUGUCCUCCUUACAAAGACCAUUCUGGCCGUAUUUACAACAAAAAUGUUUCACAGAAAGACUGUGACUGUCUUCAUGUGGUUGAACCUAUGCCUGUCCCCGGACCUGAUGUAGAAGCGUACUGUUUACGUUGUGAAUGCAAGUAUGAAGAGAGAAGUUCUGUCACAAUUAAGGUUACGAUCAUCAUAUAUCUGUCCAUUUUGGGCUUACUUCUUCUGUACAUGGUUUACCUUACAUUGGUGGAGCCUAUACUGAAGAGACGUCUCUUUGGACAUUCCCAGCUUAUACAGAGUGAUGAAGAUAUUGGGGAUCACCAGCCUUUUGCAAAUGCCCACGAUGUGCUGGCGCGUUCUCGGAGUCGUGCCAAUGUCUUGAAUAAAGUGGAGUACGCUCAACAGCGAUGGAAGUUACAGGUCCAAGAGCAACGCAAAUCUGUCUUUGACCGUCACGUUGUGCUGAGUUAAUUGUCUGUCUUAAUUGUAACUCCAAGGAAGGACUAAUUGAACAAGCUGAAUUAUGUCUUCCUGAUCCUACCACUUCAAAAGGGUUCUCUCUUUUGGUUCAUUACUGAUAGAAAAAAAGUAUUUGGACUUUGAAAGAAUGUACUGGAGUGGCAAGUAUUAAAAUAAACUUAGUUAAUUGAAAGCUAAAAAGCUUUACAUUUUCAAAUGAUUUUUACUAACAAAUCUUA